UUGGAGAUAGCCUUAGCUAUUGGUUCCAAACUUCCAAUCUCUUUCGUACUUCUAAUCCCAAAGGGACAUGUUUUUCGCGAGAGGGAAUUAAAAUCGAGAAGGACAGAUACAUGCAUUUAACAUGACACAUACUCCUACAUGUAAGCAAGGUCUCAACUGCAAAUAUGCCACCUGUAUAAGACACUCGCCCACAGUAAACCACACCACACAUCUCCGGCCGCUAAUUUGCCACUUCGAGCUCUUCAGUUAGCAUAGCGAGACGUACAGGGUACAGCGGCGUGCCGGCCAUGGACGAGCUGCUAUCGCCGUGCUCCCCGUUCUUCCCGCCAUCGCCGCCUACCCAGUUCUCUACCGCCGAAGGGUCCCACCACCAGCUCCUCGAGUUCGCCUCCUGCGAGGUCCCCGAGCAAUGGCUGCUCGGCGACACCGCAGUGCCGGCCAAGAGCGAGGAUGUAGAUUUCUUGUGGCCUGCCGGGAGCUCGUCGCUCUCCCCGGACUCCGAGCUACCGCCGGCGUCGACGACCACGCCUACAAAGCGGCGUGGGCGGAAGCCCGUGCCGCGGCCCGAUGGUCUCACCGUCAGCCACGUGGAGGCCGAGCGCCAGCGCCGCGACAAGCUGAACCGACGCUUCUGCGACCUCCGCGCCGCCGUGCCCACCGUGUCCCGGAUGGACAAGGCCUCACUCCUCGCCGACGCCGUCGCCUACAUCACCGAGCUGCGCUCCCGCGUCGCGCGGCUCGAGGAGGAGGGCCGGCAGGCGGCCGCCGCUAGGUGGGAGGCGUCGAACGGGCCCGCUUCUUCGUCCCGAGGCAGCCACGCCGGGGCUGGCGACGAUGUGGUGGAGGUGCGGAUGGUGGGGAAGGACGCGGCGGCGGUGCGCGUGAUGAGCUCGGGACGAGCCCGGCACGCGCCGGCGCGGCUGAUGAGUGCGCUCCGGUCGCUAGAGCUGCAGGUGCAGCACGCGUGCGUGCACCGCAUGGAGGGCGUGACGGUGCAGGACGUCGUCAUCGACGUGCCCGCUGGACUACAGGACGACGACGGCGACGGCGCCCUCCGCUCCGCGCUGCUCCAGAGGCUAGGGUACAUCGCCUAGCUAGCUUAGCUACCUAGAGGUAGACGUGUGCUCCAUACCUGUUGGCAGCUACGCACCUGCCGUUGGAGAGUGCCACAACGAUGUUAUCUGCUGAACCGCUAUUCUCCAUGGAGUGGAAUAAAUUAAACGACGAAUGCAUCCAUAGUUCCAUGGUCAUCACGGAAUAGAGCACGAGAACUGUUACAACAUUUGCGUCUGUGGUGAACUUUCAAUCUUAAGAUCCGUUGGUUCAU